AUGGUGAGCUUUUGAUUUUUGGGCCUAGAUUUUGAUGAGUUAGCCUAAUUUUUUUUCAAUUUUUCCGAAAUCCCUUCCCAAAAAACUCACCAAUCGCUUCUAAUCACACAAAAAUCAUCGAAAAUUCGAAAUCCUCCACGUUUUUGACAUUGGAAUCCAAUAUUUCGAGCUGAAAAUCAGAAAAUUUUGAAUUUUUCAUGUACCAUUGAGUUGUGCUAACUCCUUUGAGGGUUUUCUGCGUCUCACAACAAUUUUCCAGCUAUUUUUCAAAGGUUCACAGCAAAAUCUUACCCGAGCCAAGUUUCCAUCGAUUUUUGAGUAAAAAAUCCAACAGUUUUCAUGAAAUCCGAUGUUUUUCAUUAAAAAUCGCUUCGAAUCCAACCAAUAAUCGUUUUCCCCACAUUUAAAAUCAUUUUUGACCCUGAAAACUGAAAAAUUUCAAUUGAAACCAUGUUUCUCUCGAAAAAACCCACUUUUCUUUGAUAAUCCUCGGAUUUUCCGUUGAAAUCGAUAAUUCGAGCCUUGUAGAACAUCUGAAAAUGCAAUUUUUGACUGAAAUCCACUGAAACCCGAAAACCCGGCGAAAAAAAAACGAAAAAUGAAAAUAUUCUCGUGUUGCGCUAAACAGCGGGCAAGCCGGAGUGUCGUUGUAAAAGUCAAAUAAUUUUCUACUUAUUUUCAGGCAGCACCUCCACCUCCACCUCCAACAUCUACACCAGCUCUACUAGCUAAUCUAGCUGUUCAACAAACUCCGAGUAGUCCAUCAGAUGAUCAAGCUCUUUGUGCAACACUUGCCAAAAAGAUCAAGGAACAUUAUUUGGCGAUUGAGGAACUUCGACAAGAAGAUCGUAGCAAAUGGAGGGAUCUUAAUAAGAGAUUGGAAAAAUUGGAGCAUGAUGUGGGUUUUUUUAAACAAGGGAAGUGUAAAAGCAAUCAAAAAUGCGCCUAGUUUCAUAUAUCAAACAUUUGCGUGCGAGAAAAAUAUGAGCGCGUGGCCGAGUGGUUAACACGCAUGCCUUUUAGUCAAUAGGUCAUGGGUUCGAUCCCCCUCCGGGGCAAACUUUUUUUGCACUUCCCUUGUUAGUUUUUUUCAAGCUUCAAGGAAAAAUAUACUUUUUCAGAAAUCGCGAAAAGAUGCAAAAGAAGGAAUGAAGAAAGGAUCAGUUCGCAAUAGACCAAAAGUUGAGCGAAAACCGUCGUUAGAUGUGAAAAGCGAGAAUAAAAACGAGCUGACACCCAAAAAAGAGGAUAAUACGAAAGAAAAAGAAGGUGAGACUUCCAGAUUUGUUUUUUUUUUUGACAAAAAUUCGAAUUUUUUUCAGACGAGGAAGAGGGGAAGAAAUAA